AUGCAAAAGUACAAAACAUUUGAACAAUUUUGUGGGUCACUGUACACCAAUCAUGUCUACCUGCUCAAAACACUUCUUCUUCGCAUCGCACGUGGGUGUAUAUCCCUUGAAAAGUUUACGUUGAUACUUCCCCUUUUUCCAUUUGAUGGAGAUUGGAUUCUACCAUUAUCUGAACACCCGCAUCUCAAAGUCCUAGUCAUUGCCUCCAUGAGACUACCCCAUGGGAUGUUAGCUACUUUGGGUCAUUUUCAGCACCUUGAUUCGUUGCAUCUCAAGCUCAAGUACUUUGACCGUGAAGGCAUUGCACAAUUGAAGCGUAAAAUACCUGGUGUAGCAAUUCGAACCCAAAAAUACACCUACUGA